AUGUCGCUCCCGAGCCCACCCACGGCCGCGCACCUCCCCAAGUCGUCCUCCGGCCCCGCCGACUCGCCCUCAUCUGCGCCGGGCUCUCCCUUCCCCUCUCGCCCUCCGUCGCCCUCGAGUGGCCACCGCACCGCCUACGCCUACCCGCACACCCCCGAUCUCGCCUCGGUCUACACGCCAGCCUCGAGCGUGCGCGACUCGAGCGCGCCCGCGAGUGCCGCAACUUCCCGAGCAGCGUCCCUCAGCAAGGACCCGCUCCUCAAGCCCAAACGCCGCGGGUCGAUCCGCGCACAGGGCGCACAGGGUGUCAGCGCGUGGCUGCGCCGCGCCCUCAAGCGCGACGAGCGCGACGCGCAGGCGCUCGAGCUCGAGGAGCGCGGCAGGUCGAGGCGGCCGAGUGCGGCUCAGGCGGAGCGCGCUGCGGCGGCGGCAGAGUUGGGAGCAGAGCAGGCGGCGAGUACGCUCAAGACGGGCCGCAAGAAGCUCAAGAUGAGCCGCGAGCGGGCGCAGUUUGUGUGCGCGUUCGCCAUGAUCGCCCUCGUCGGCAUGAACGACUCGGCAACCGGCGCCAACCUCGACUCGAUGCAGGAGCACUACAACGUUUCCUACGACAAGAUCUCGACCGUGUUCCUCGCCAACACGGCGGGCUACUUCCUGUCGUCCAUCUCGUCGCCGUUCCUCCUGCACCACUUCGGCCUUCCCACGACCCUCCUCGUCGCCGCGGCGGCCAUGUCGGUCGGGUGCGUCACGCUGUCGGUCGCCCCGCCAUUCCCCGUCUUCGCCACGAUGCUCCUCUUUCUUGGUUUCGGCAGCGGCGUCUACGACGCCUCGAUCACGACCAUCGUCUCGCACGAGGAGGACGGCGUCCUCAUGUCCUGGCUCUACUCCUGCUUCGGCGUUGGAGCGGCCAUCUCGCCCAUUAUGAUUGGCGCCUUUGUCGACAAGCACAUCCCGUGGCAGAAGUACUAUCUCAUGCCGCUCGGCAUCUCGCUCCUCCUCGCCCUCAUUGGCUUUUUCGUCUUCCGUGGCUACGAGAUCCCGCCGGACGAGGCGCACGACGCCGCUCUCGCGACCGUGCAGGCGCCCGAGACGACGACUGGCGGCUCGAGCUCGGGCGAGGUCGUACAUGCUCGCGCCGUCAUGUCUGCCCAACGGCGCAUGAAGCUGUGCCUGCGCAUGCCGUCGGUCUACGUCGGGUUCCUGCUCAUCAUCUGCGCCUUCGCCGCGACCGACACCCUGAGCGCCUGGAUCGUCUCUUUCAUGGUCUCGAAGCGCUCGUCGCCCGCCGCCGCCACUCGCUACGUGCUCGCUGGCAUCUGGGCGGGCAUCGCGCUCGGCCGCGUCUUCCUCGCCUGGCUGCUCAACAAGCGCCUGGGCGAGAAGGCCUACUCGAUCCUCCUCCUCGUCUUUGCGUGCGCCUUCCUCGGCGUGCUGUACGUGCGAGACUUUAUCAUCGAUGCAGUUGCCGUCGUCCUCGUCGGCUUCUUCAUCGGACCCGUCACGCCCAAGGUCAUGGACGUAGUCGGCGUGCGCGUCCCGCCGUCGCUCAAGGCGAGCGUCAUGAGCCUCACUAUCGGUCUCGGCCUCAUGGGCUCUGCGCUCGGCCCGCUCCUAUUCGGCAUCGUCGCCGGCCGAGGCGGCCUCUCGAGCCUGCCCGCCGUCCUCAUCGGCAUCUCGGUCGUCAGCAUCGUCGGGUGGCUGUGCCUGCCCAAGAACCGCCGUCGCGAGGACUGAGAGCGUGCGCGGUGCACCUGGUGGGCAUGCGUCGACGGCGGCGGUGGCACCUGUCGGCCGGGCCGCCGGGGGCGAGGCCUCGGCGUUUCGCCCGUGUUGGGGGUCGGCUUCUCGGCUCGUCGUACAAAGCCGGUCGACGCGGUCGUUGGGAGGUCUUUGGGGAGGGCGAGCAGCAGCGCAGACGAGCAUCUUUGGCCUGUAUCAGAAGCGUCCUUGCACUGGC